UGUGUGUGUUUUCGGCCUUCCUGGUUCAGUUGUGUGUCUGUGUGUGUGUAUAUAUUGUGUGUAUUGUGUGUCUGUGUAUUUUUUCCGGUCUUCCUGGUUCAGUUGUGUGUCUGUGUGUGCUUGUGUGUCCGCUCUCCUCCUCUCCUGUCGUCGCUUUAAAGACUCUAACUCGUCAUGUCGGUGAACUAGCGGCCGUUGGUGAAGCUGCUGGUUAGUGUUGGUUAACUAGCGGAGAGUUAGCACAGUGCUAGCUGUAGCAGCGCUGUCACUAACCAGGUAUGUUUGCGUCCUGCUGUAACUGGUUGUGUGUCGAGGCUGAGCAGCCUGAUGAGGACCACAGACCUCCUCAGUCUUACACCAACUCAGCCUUCAGCAGUCAGCCGUCUCCUCCUCCACGUGAACACACCUGUAAGGCCUGUGGGGGGCCCUUCGACACACCUGCCAAGAAGCACAUAUGUGUCGACUGUAAGAAGAAUUACUGCAGCCGUUGCUCCGCCCAGCUGGAGCCCCGCCCCCGCCUUUGCCACACCUGUCAGCGUUUCUACGGCAACCUGCUGGAGCGGGCGGAGCUUAUGAAGCUGAAGGUGAAGGAGCUGCGGGACUACCUGCACCUCCAUGAGGUGUCCACACACCUGUGCAGAGAGAAGGAGGAACUGGUGGAGCUGGUGCUCAGUCAGCAGUCCUCACCGUCCAGCGGCUCCGCCCCCGAGACCCCGACCAUCGACCCCCCCUCCAUGACCUCAGACACACCUGACCUAACACCUGACCCCCCCACACCAACCCCCGACCCCCCCGCUGCACAGCCUGAAGCCCCGCCCACAGAGACCGCCGCCCCCGAGCCCGAGGUUCAGGACGAGGACCAGACCUCGAACCCUGAGGAGGUUCCGGUUCUGGGGCGCCGGGCGUCACUGUCCGAUCUGAGCGGGGUGGACGACAUCGAGCAGCUCAGCGUCCGGCAGCUGAAGGAGAUCCUGGCCAGGAACUUUGUGAACUAUAAGGGCUGCUGCGAGAAGUGGGAGCUGAUGGAGCGGGUGACCCGGCUGUACCAGGACCAGCAGAACCUGCUGGCUGCCAACGCUGUGAACGCUGCAGAGUCCGGAGGUGUCGGUCCCAGUCCGGAGGAGAACCUCUGCAGGAUCUGCAUGGACUCGCCCAUCGACUGCGUCCUGCUGGAGUGCGGUCACAUGAUCACCUGCACCAAGUGUGGCAAGAGGAUGAGCGAGUGUCCCAUCUGCCGGCAGUACGUGAUCCGGGCCGUGCACGUGUUCCGGUCCUGAUCGCAGGUCCCACUUCCUGCUCAGCAGUGACCCUCCUGAUCUGGUCCUUCACCUCCCAGAACCAGGACCUCAGACCCACCAGCAGCCAGCCGUGCCUUCAGCAGCUCCACAUCGACCAAAGACUGACACCUGCACAGGUGAGGGGGAGGAGCCUGUCAGCUGUCUCCAACCUGCAGCCAGGCGGCGCUGCAGAGAGACUAAAGAACUCCACUUCCCAACAUGCAACACUCACAAAUCCAAGAACCAAUACAGAACCGGACUGGAACUGAGGCGCUUUAGUCCCAUCGAUCACACUGAUUAAUGAUCGCUGAUUAUUGGUCACUGAUUAUUGAUCACUGAUUACUGAUCGCUGAUUACUGAUUAUUGAUCAGAGAUAAAUGGAACACUGAUUGUUUUUUCACUGAAAUAUAAAAAAAACAACACAUUUAUUUUAGAAUUUAAAACACUGAUUGUCUAAUAAAUUGAAUCCUUUGGUUGA